AUGGCAGAAAAGCCAAUUAGUCUCGAGGACAUCUACAAUUUAAUUACAAACUCCAAUACGGAACUCAAGGGUGAAAUUGAACAAUUAAAUAAGAACAUCACAGAAGUAAAAAAAGAGAUAGAGAACACGAAUAAUAAAUUUAAAGAAAUUGAAGAGGAAAAUAAAACAUUAAAAAACAAACUGAAUGUGCUUGAAGCUAAGUUGAAGAAGUAUAGCGUAGUUGCGUAUGGGAUAAAUGAGGAAGAUAAAGGAGCAGCAGAAGAAGCUAAAGAAUUUAUCGAACAAAAAUUGGAAAUUUUCAUAGAAGCAACCCAGAUAAGAGAUUCCUAUCGCAUAGGUAGAAAGGUAGAGAAUCAAAAAAAGCCACGACCACUUGUUAUUGAACUACUGAACUAUAGAACCAAACAAAAUAUUUUGAUAAAAUCUAAACAAUUACCGAGAGGAUCUGGCGUAUUUGUCACCAAUGACUACACAAAGGAAGAAUACGAAAAAAGAAAAGUCCUACAUGCACAUUUAAAACAAGCUAGACAAGCAAAUAACUCAGCAUAUAUAAAAAACAACAAAUUAUAUGUGAAUGGUGACGCCUAUUCAUAUGAAACACUACAACAGGACGAGUUACCAGAAACAUUUACAGUAGAAGCUACAUCGAAAUUCGAAACAGGCCACAGAUCCACAAACAACAAUAGCGAGACCAAAAGAGGGGAAAAGAGAUCCGCUGAAGAAGCUUCUUCAGGAAAGCAAAAAAUCUUAGUAAUUCAUCAAGGCCCUAAAUUAAGAAGCAAUUCUAGGCCAUAA